GUGUUAGUGGGUUGGUGUUUGAGUCUGGUUGCUUCACUUGCUGCACGGACACUGCGUCGGUGCGAGUCAAUCGGCAGCACUGCUCCCUCCUCUUCUUCCUCACUUUGCAGUCACCAUAGCCACAGCCAUGAGGUCCCUCUUGUUCGGUGCGAUCCAGACCCUCUUAUUCGCUCUCGCCGGCUGCAGCGCUCCGUCGUCCUGCCCGAGAGGGCAGUUUGUGCUCAAGAGCCAGUGUGUCCUCUGCCAUCCCACCUGCUCCGAGUGCAGGGGCCAUGAGCUGUUUGAGUGCACUACCUGUGGAGUGGAUGAAGAUGGACAGGAACGUUUCUUCCACCAAGGUCGCUGUCGGACGCACUGCCCCCGCGGACUGUAUCCUGACAGGGGUCGCUAUGCCUGCCUGCCCUGCAUAGCCAAUUGUGAACUCUGCACAGAUGGCAACAUAUGUGCCAAAUGUCGCGAACACUACAAAUUCCAUAACGGGCUCUGCCAAAUGACACUCUGUGAUAUAGGACAAGUGCAGGACCCCGAUACAGGCGAGUGUAUCGACUGUGAGAUGGCCUGCAAAGCAUGCGCAGCAGAAGAUCCUGAGAUUUGCACCAGUUGUGUUCAAGGUUACCUUCUUUUCAGACACCAGUGUCGCAAGCACUGCCCUCAGAGCACAUAUGAGGACCGGGGCAGGGGUGUGUGUCUUCCCUGCCCAACGCUGUGCGCAGACUGUGGGAGUGAUGCACAGUGUCUUGCCUGCCAGCCAGAUUAUUUCUUAAACGGAGGCAAAUGUGUGAAACAGUGCUCCCAACAAACCUUCAGUGACACCACCGGGUGGCGCUGUGAGCCUUGCCACAGCUCCUGCCAUACAUGCCAUGGGGCUCGGUCAACAGACUGUGACCUCUGUCUCGGGGACAACCCUCCUCUUCAUGGGCAGUGCCCUCUGGCAAACUGCCCAUUGGGGCACUACUUUGACGCUGAGUAUGGUAAGUGUCACACAUGUGAUGUGUCCUGCAAGACCUGCUUUGGGCCACAAGCACUGGAUUGCUCCAUGUGUUUUAAAGGCUUUUUCCUAGACCAGGAAAGUUCUUGCGUGGCUCAGUGUCCCCCCGGCUCCUAUGCUAACUCGGCCACUCAGCUGUGUGAGAACUGCUCGCCGAACUGCGAGGUCUGCGUGGGCUCCAGUGAUAACUGCAUCGGCUGUUCCAAAGGCAGCUUUAAGCUCUUUCUCCACCAGGGCAGGUGCUGGUCAUAUUGCCCAGAAGGGUACUUCGACACAGCAGAGGGAUCAUGCAGUGCCUGCGAUAGUUCUUGCCUCACUUGUGAUGGGUCCAGUACAAAGUGCCUGUCCUGUGCUGAUGGCCGCUACUUGGAGGGUGGCGUGUGCACACUCAACUGUUCAUUGGGGGCUUACCCUGCAGACGACGCCACCUGCAGGCGCUGCCCCCCACACUGUGACGUUUGCUCAGACGACAGGACCUGCUUCAAGUGCAGUUUCUUGUACCUGAUGCUGAACGGUGCGUGUAAGGCUAAUUGUCCCACGGGCUACUACGAAGACAUGGAGGAGGGCCGCUGUGGUCUGUGCCACCCGACCUGUGGCAGCUGUUCUGGGUCUUUGGACGAUGACUGCGAGACCUGCUCCACAUUUAGUCCCAAACUCUAUAAGGGCGCAUGCUCAAAAGAGUGCCCAACUGACACCUACUAUGAGGCUGCAGCUACAGAGUGCCAAGAGUGCCACCAGACAUGUGCCAGCUGCUCCGGUCCAGACCCAAACCAGUGCACCCAAUGCGAACAAGGCCUGGUGCUGGAUCCGAACACCUUGCUGUGUGGCGUGACCGGUGACAGCUACUGCCCCCCGAGGACCUUUCUGCAUGACGACCAGUUCACUUGCAUGGGCUGCCACCGCCACUGCUACUCCUGCGAGGGGCUCGGCAGCGACGAAUGCCUGACGUGUGCCAUCCCCAGAUACCUUCACAACAGGACCUGCGGCAGCGAAUGUCCGGCUGGUACGUACGCGACCGGGCAGGAGGCAGAUGGAACCCAGCUGGGGUUCUGUUUGCCGUGUGACCACGUGUGCGCCACCUGCACGGGGGCAUCGCCCAGAGACUGCCUCACGUGUUCCCCGCGAUACCUGCGCCUCCUUCAUCUCUGUGUCCGCCAUUGCCCCACUGGGUACUACCAAGCGGGCUCCAACUGUGAGAAAUGCCACCACUCCUGUGGGAUGUGCACAGGUCCCGGGCCUGAGUCCUGCCGGGCCUGUCUGCCUCCCCUCUUGGAGCUCCAAGGCACCAAGCUGUGCGUGGAGCGCUGCCCUCAGCGCUUCUACCGGCUCGAUGACGUGUGUCUGCAAUGCCACAUCAGUUGCCACACCUGCACAGACGCCUCCCCUCAGAGCUGUAUGACCUGCGACAAUGGCAGCACGUUAAAGGACAAAGUCUGCUAUCCACGCUGUGAGGAGGGGAAGUACUUUACUGAAGAGGCCACCUGUGAGCCAUGUGACAGCUCAUGCAAGCUUUGCAGCGGCCCCAGACCUGACCACUGCCUGAGUUGUCACCGAGAUUCUGGCCUUCACGCCGUGGAGAGCCGCUGUGCUCGCUGCUGUGAGGCGGAGGGGAACCACACGGACUGCUGUGUCUGCGACAGCCGCUCAGCUCUGUGCGUGGAGUCAGGAGAGUCAGGAGACGAGCCGGUAACAGGCAAGAGCAUGUCUUCGAGCGUCCUCAAUCACACGUCGGCCGCCGCGCCCGUCGCGCUGCUGGCCGCCCUGGCUCUGGCUCUGCUCGCCUUUGCCUUGGUGAAGGCCCGGGCAAGGAGGAGGCUUUGCUGGAAGCGGAGUUACGAGAGACUGAGCGGUGGCGCCAACAUGCCUCACGGUGUACCCGAACCGGACAGCGGCGACGAGGUGGACGUGGUGUACACGAGUCGAGGCGGCUCUGUGUACCGCCGCUACAGUUUUAUCCAUGACCAUGACUCGGAUCGGCAUGUAGAUGAGAGUACUUGUCUCAACCAGUCCUAGGUAAGACCCACCAAAGGGGACCACAACGACUUAGUCAUAAUGGGAAAAUGUUCACACGGACCUGCAAAAAAAACCUACUGUACACACCGUAAAGUUUAUGCCAGGCCAGUAGUUGGCGAUGUCACUUUCUGUUGUUUGAAUGCCCCUCAAGAGUUUGCAGAAGAAAUGUAAAGGUGAUGCUCACAAUAUCAAUAGGAAGAUUCUUUUUAAUUUAGUCAAGAGUAAAAAUCUGAUGUUUUUAUUUUGUUUAUUGCUCUUUAAGUUAUGUUGCUAAUGAUGUUAGGUAGUCUAGUGGAGUGUUUCCCAACCUUUGGGCCAAGGGGAAAAAUCUCACAGCACUAUAUCAAACAAAAAUUACCACAAAAGGUGUACGUACUGAUUAAAUGAUUAUGGCGUCUCGAAUUACUCACAUUUUCUUAGUGUGAAAUCUCGGCAUGAUUAGAAGAACACAAAACUAUUAUUCUGCCAACAGGAUGGACACACAAGUUAAUUGUACCUUCUGCCAACUAGUGGAAGCACAUUUAAUUAUUAUGCCUGUCACUAUAUGUCACUGGCACACUGUAGAUAGAUGACCAAAGAUACUUUAUUUGUAAUGAAUAAAUAAUGCUUUUUGGACCAAUUAAGUGCAAUUGGAUAAUUGUCCACGGCACACAUGAUGAUCUCUCACGGCACACUAAUGUACUGCCUCGCAUUUCUGAGGUUCGGGCUUCGAAUGUGUGGAGUUUGCAUGUUCUCCCCAUGCUUGCGUGUCUUCUCUGGGUACCCCCGAACUUGCUCUCACAUUUCAAAAUGUUAGGUUAAUUGAAGAAAGUUAUUGAUAGGUGUGAAUUAACUUGUCAAUAGGUGUGAAUGGCUGUUUGUCCACAAGGUAUGUGCACUGGGAUUUGCUGGCGAACAGUCAAGUGUAUAUCCUGCCUCUCGCCCAACUCAGCUGAGAUGGGCUCCAGCUCACCCGUGCCACUGAUGAAGACAAGCGCUGUAGAAAAUAAAGAAUGGAUGGUAUGAGGAGCAUUGACUUAAUCUUCAUUUGCUGAUAUCUAUAAGCAGCAUUUCUUUUUUAAUUACACCCAUCACAAGACAGAGAUGAUCAGUGCUUACAUGCUCCUUUUUGGGCACUUUACCUGACACAGUCAGUUUACAAUCAAAGUAAGAACUAUUAGAAUUGUUUCGAACCCUCCCACUUCUUAUGGGCCGUUUUGAUUUUGUUGUACAAAGUGCCUGCAUAUUGAUACUGUGAUGGAAAUUGUUACCCAAGUGAGUAAACACUGAUACACAAAUAAA